ACAGCUGAUGUUUUUCUGUGUCGCCAUUAUUAUUUGGGAAAAGCCAGAGAAUUCGAGACAAGUUUGUAAAAUCCGCGAGAAUUGGCAUCAUCGGUGAAGUAAAUGCAAUAAACGCGACGGUAAUGCGUGCAGUGGAUUCUGUGUGAGCAUUUUGAGUGAUAAUAUUGCCCGCAGCAGUGAUAGCGUUCGCGCGAGAGUGGAUCUGCAGGAGACGAAUUGAUUGUGCGUUUAGAGAAAAAGUUUCCACGGGAAAUUCUGCCUUUGUGUGACACUCGCCACCAGCUAAUUUCCAAUCACCACCAGCGGCAACAAUAUGGGAACUCGAGAUGAUGAAUACGACUACCUAUUCAAAGUUGUUCUCAUUGGAGAUUCCGGCGUGGGGAAGAGUAAUCUGUUAUCGCGAUUCACUAGAAAUGAAUUCAAUCUGGAAUCGAAAUCAACAAUAGGUGUAGAGUUUGCUACAAGGAGUAUAGAGGUCGAUGGGAAGACGAUAAAAGCUCAAAUUUGGGAUACGGCCGGUCAGGAGCGAUACAGAGCCAUAACAUCGGCUUACUAUCGUGGUGCUGUCGGUGCGCUGCUGGUGUACGACAUUGCCAAGCACUUGACGUAUGAGAAUGUGGAGAGAUGGCUGCGGGAGUUGCGCGAUCAUGCCGAUCAAAAUAUAGUUAUAAUGCUGGUGGGGAAUAAGAGUGACUUGAGACACUUGCGGGCUGUUCCGACGGACGAGGCGAAGACCUUUGCCGAGCGUAAUGGAUUGAGCUUCAUUGAGACGUCUGCAUUGGACUCGACAAAUGUAGAAACAGCAUUCCAGAAUAUACUCACAGAGAUCUAUCGGAUUGUGUCUCAAAAGCAAAUACGAGAUCCACCCGAAGGGGAUGUCAUUCGACCAACAAAUGUGGAGUCUAUAGAUGUAAAACCCACUGUCUCUGCUGAUUCUGUGCGCAAGCAAUGCUGCCAGUGACCGCCUAAUAGUAGUGAUGGAAAGAGCGCUUCAAUCAUUUUUCUUAGUUCAGAAUUAUUUGCAUAAGUUUAAUGAAGAAAGGAAAUACAUACAGAGGAAUAUUGUCUAAUUAAUGAAUAAUUGCAUUGAAAGAGAGAAAAAAAGGACCCAUAUUUAAUUUGAUGAGAAAAAAAAUUGAUCAAGAUGAGAAAAAAAUACCAGUUCAUGAAAAAAAAUGAAAGAAGUAAAAUCAUUUCCGUAGAAUGAUUAACGAAAUAUGUCCAUGUAAAAAAUGUCUUUAAAAUUGCAUUAAAGUAAUAUAUAUUAAAAGAAUAAUCACUAAAAAUAUAUUGACUAAUUAAUAAAUAAGACAUUUAUCUGAUAAUUUACACGCACGCUGCAAAAUUCCUUCUUUUGAUAUCAAAAAAACAAAGAAAAAGAGAAACAAUCCCGCUUUCACAGUAUGAAUCUGCAUGUAGAACAAAUUCUUUUAACACUGCAAAUUCCCUGUAAAUUCCAAUUUGUUAAGCCUGUAAAACAGUUGUUUAUUUCCUUUUAAAAUAAUGGGAAUUUUGUUGACUUUGCUAUGAUUUUCCAGUAGUGCUGUGGAGAAGAUUUAGAG